AUGCAGCCCUUCGCACCCCUCGAGCGAAAAACGGAGGAAGCCAUCCAAUUCUUGUCAGACGAAAUACGCCUUGGCAGAUUACACAAAGUGCUACCCGCACGCUACGCAGAUGUCCAGACCUCAUGGUACGACUUUUUACAGUUCAAAGGUCUGGACACUAUCCUCAGGUACUUCGGCAAACGCAAUCGAACCAAUCCGGAUCCUGUGCUAAGCGGCCGCGACGAGUUCCUUCGACUGGCUCAACCUGGAGACCAGCUGCCAGCGCAAUUUUCGACUACGCAUGACGUACCGAAGAACAUUGCCAAACGCCUGCUUUGCGAGUUCGCCGAGCAACAGGCGAUGAUUCGCAGCUGGGCUGUCUCUGACGAGCGACUUCGAGAACUGGGGAAAGAGUUGAAGCUAAGCGGGUCGAAGCGUCGCCGCCGCCAACGAGUUCCACUUGACUGA